AUGCUGUACCCCAUUUCCCUCUCCCUCCUCAUGAUGCACAUUGCAAGUUUUGAUGAAGCAGGUCCACAAGCGGGUCGUGUAGGGUGGUGUCAUGCAAGCAGGGGUUCUGGAAGGAUCAGCAUUGGUUCUGGCCAGUCUUGGUAUAUGUCAACAUCGACGUGCAGUGUUGGAGAAUGGUGA